UUUCUGCAUACUGCGUUUCGUGCCCCCAAAAACACAGAUUAAUUAUCCUAAAAACCCUAGCAAGAAGAAAGGAGAAUCAUAAAAACCCGAAUUGAAUCGCCAAAAAAACCACAAUGAAAAGCAAUUCGGGUGAGACGAAAAUCGUGCAAGAGCUGAUUCUGUACGCGGCCAGCGCCGCCCUCAGUUGCCUGGUGCUGUUUGUCGGCCUUAAGCAAUUGGACCCCAACCGCGAAGCCUCCAAAAAAGCCCUUGAACACAAGAAGGAGAUCGCCAAGCGUUUAGGCCGACCUCUUAUCCAAACCAAUUCCUACGAGGAUAUUGUAGCUUGUGAUGUAGUCAACCCAGAGCACAUAGAUGUGAAAUUCGAGAGCAUUGGAGGAUUGGAUGCCAUUAAACAAGCAUUGUAUGAAUUAGUUAUUCUUCCAUUGCGAAGACCUGAGUUAUUUUCUCAUGGGAAGCUUCUUGGUCCACAAAAAGGCGUUCUACUCUACGGACCACCUGGCACUGGGAAGACGAUGCUUGCAAAGGCAAUUGCAAAAGAGUCUGGAGCUGUCUUCAUUAAUGUCAGAAUAGCCAAUUUAAUGAGCAAAUGGUUUGGUGAUGCACAAAAACUAGUGACUGCUGUGUUCACCUUGGCAUACAAGCUUCAGCCAGCAAUCAUUUUUAUUGACGAAGUGGACAGUUUUCUGGGCCAGCGCAAAUCUUCAGACCAUGAAGCACUAACCAAUAUGAAAACCGAAUUCAUGGCUUUGUGGGAUGGUUUCACCACGGACCAAAAUGCUCGAGUUAUGGUAUUAGCUGCAACCAACCGUCCAUCAGAACUUGAUGAGGCAAUUCUUAGACGCCUUCCACAGUCAUUUGAAAUUGGUCUGCCCGAUCGUAAGGAUAGGGUUGCAAUACUGAAGGUGAUAUUGAAGGAUGAGACGGUUGAAGAUGACAUUGAUUACGAGCGCAUAGCUGCACUAUGUGAAGGUUAUACUGGCUCAGAUCUUCUUGAACUCUGUAAGAAAGCUGCAUAUUUUCCAAUAAGGGAAUUGCUUGAUGAUGAGAAAUCCGGAAAACCAUCUAAGGAGCCCAGACCGCUAUCACAGACUGAUUUGGAGAGAGUCGUUGCUACAACCACCAAGACAAACGUUGCUGCAGUAGAAUUCGGCAGAUUUAGCUCACAGUCAUCAGGAUUGUAUCAGCAAAGAGAUUCAGAUGAUUAUCAGGUCCAAGCCGCGAUUGGCGAGCUAUCCAGGCUUGUCGUUUCACAAAUUCUGAACCUUCAGGCAGGCGCCCAAGAUCCUUGAUUUUGAUUCACACGAAGGCAGAUCGCCCGACCACGAGGGCACGUGUGAGUGGUUCUAUGAUAUACUACUACUAAACACUCAGUUAGAAGUAUUGUUUUAGAAUUUGAUGGUAUUGUUGAGUUCACCACAACCAUUUUUGGUGUUGCUUGUUAAUAUUCUAGAAUCUCAAUGCAAUAAUUCUGAUGUUCCUCUCUUUAUAAAGUGGUUUCUCAAGGCAA